UGUUGUAUCCUCGAUCCUCUUAGUAAAGAUAGGCCGGCCAACCUAUUGUUACGACGAAUUCGGGCAUACGACCGCGCUUCGAAAGUUUGGAAGGAAGAAGUGUUACAGCUCAAGGCUAGUUGAUGUCUCGGAGACAACGAGACGAGAGAGGACGGUUUAUUUCCACGACUCCUGAGCUAGAGGGUAGAAUUCCUGGUUCAUUCGAACAAGGCAACGAGACAGCCUUAGGUCAACGUGACGAAGCCACCGAGAACGAGAUCGUCGAACGAGAAAGAGACAACACCGUACACAGUGGUUGGCAGAAUACUGUGGUUAGAGUCGAGGUACCCAUACGAGAGUUUACACCGGACCGACAACUUGUGGACAAGUUAGCGAGAAUGCCAGACGACGAAACGAUUCCUACGUUUGAGGAGGUCAAUGGGAGAAAGUUUAUGACAUUCGAGAUAGCGAAACUCGAUCGGACAAACGUUCGAAGUUGGAAAAAUAAGUAUGAGUUAUUCCUAAAGUCACAAGGGUGCUGGAAAGUGUUGGAUUAUACAUAUAAGUGGAGGAAGCAAUCUGAGAAGAUAGAUGAGCUUCUUAAGGACGAUAAAUGGAGUGCAGCAGACUCCUUGUCGAAAUUGUACAUCCUACAGAACCUUACCGAAAGUGAUGAAUCCGCGGUCCAACAUAUGAGGUCAUCAGGAGAGAUAUGGGCGUACCUUAUGGAGAAAUAUGAAAGGCGCACGGAAGUAGACGUUGCGUAUGCGAUUCGCGAUGUAAUAACAUGGAAAAUGAGCUCUACAACGACAGUAGAGGCAGGACUACAGCAGUUGGAACAGAGGCAUACAGAGCUAGUUGACGUGAGUGGCGGAGAAGUGAAAUUGCCAGAGAAGACGAUUAUGGUUAUUUUUCUGGAAGGAUUACCGUCAGAGUACGAUUCUAUGAAGUUCUCAAUACUGGGAGCUGGGGACCUAUCGAGAGGGCUUGUACUAUCACGAUUACAACAGCAAGAGCGCAUGCAAGGUGGCAGUACCAAUAAGACCAUCGGAGCCAAUGAAUCGGCCAACCGCGCAUCUGAUAUUAAGUGCUUCAACUGUAACGAGAUGGGUCAUUUUGCGAGGAAUUGUCCAAAACCAGACAAACGAAAGAAGUUGAAAGAAGAGUCUAGAGAUGACUCUCAAGAGAGCUCAAAGACGCGAAGCUCUAGAAAGAAAGCACACGAGAAGAGAAGUAAGAAAGUUAGGUUUAAGGGAAAGGCUAGGAAUGCUUCUAAAGAAUCUGAUACUGAGGAUGAGAGUGUCAGCGAGGAAAGCAGCGAAGAAAGUGCAUAUAAGGUGUGGAUUGGAGUUCAUUAUGCAGAUCGAGCUACAAGCAUAGACCCAGACCAAAGUGAGCAAAAGGUCAAGAAGUGGACUAUUGAUGGAGGUGCAACGAGUCACUGCACUGGAGGAAACCUUAAGAUUAUGGGAAAAGGGAUUGCUAGAGUUCCUCUUAUGGAUGGAGGAGUGGCAAGGUUGAAUAAUGUUUUAUAUGUGCCAGACAUGGAAGAAAACCUUCUCUCGACACAAGUGUUGUAUCGAGAUGGAAUCUACAAUGCUCAUGAGAAGGAUGGAUAUCGAUUCUACAGAAAGGAUCGAAAGACUCUGGCUACAGGCUACAAUAUCGGUCGAACGAGUUAUCUAGGCUCAGUGGAGUCCCAGGAUACACUCAUGACAAGAUCAAGGCGAAUGAAUAAGGAUGAAGAGGCUCGAAUAGUGUCCAGAGAACCAGAUUGGGAUCUGCUUCAUAAGCGAUUUGGACACCCAGGGAAGCCAAGGAUGAAACGAUUAGUGAAGCGAAUGGGUUUGAAGCUUCCAGAAUCGUAUGAUUUCACAUGUGAGAUGUGUAUUCAGGCGAAGAGUGUGAAGCGCCAGAAUCGAGGAGAGGUUCCAAAGGAGAAGGAACCGUUGAAACGAGUUUAUAUUGAUUUUUGGGGACCGUAUCAAGGCCAGUACUAUUUGGCAAUAGUUGAUGAUGCGACUAGGUUCUCAUGGCUUUACAUCACGGACAAUCGACGUACUGAGACCGUGAUUGAGAUCUUGGAGAAGUGGAUGGCUAAAGAAGAACGUAUUCUAGGGAAGGCCUUGAUCAAUAUUAGAUUGGAUAAUGCGAAGGAGUUUGCCGCAUUAGGAUCAUGGGCUGAGAAGAAGGGAAUCGACCUGGAGUUUACAGAGCCAUAUACACCACCACAGAAUGGACCAGCAGAGCGUCUGAAUCGUUUCAUACUUGAGAUCGAGAGAGCGAUGAUGCAGCAGAUGAAUGUUCCGAAGAAGUAUUGGCGAUAUGCAGUUAGGAUGGCCAACUUUCUUCGAAACCGAACCAUGUUUUCACCAAGGGAAGGGGAGAAACGGAAGUCUGCAUAUGAGAUGAUUUAUAAGAAGAAGUAUAACCUUGCAAAGCUCAAAGUUCCUUUUUGCAAAGUCUGGUUUCACAUUGAGACAAAGGAUAAGCUUGAUCCGAGGGCUCAAGAAGGUGUUUUUGUGGGUUAUACCAAGAGCAGCAGUCAAUAUCUCGUACUUGAUAGACAAGGGCGAGUACGGAAGGUCACCAAUCCAAUCUUUUUGGAGGAUCAACGAGGCUUCAUUUCUGAUGAAGCAGGUGAUCGAGAGUUUACGAAUGAUGAGGCAUAUAACAGCCUCAUUGAGAAUCCUAGUGUGUUUAACCACACUGUCAAUCCAGUUAUCAAUUCUGCAUCAACUACCGCUAUGAGUCCUACCGUGCUUAACCACAAGGAUGAUGUUGAUGCAACUACCGCAGUCGACGAGUCACAUAGUCAAGAAUCCACUACGUCGACUACACUGGAUCUAGCUGAUCCAAACCCGUCCACUACACCUUCAUUACCAAAGACAUCUCAGCAAGAUGCUUCACCAAAGCGACGAUCUGAGCGUAUACGACAACCAACCCAGGCGUUAAUUGAAUCACAGCAAACAGAGCAAAUAUACGGCCGGAAAAGUCGUCAAGAAAGACGUCGGGAAGAAAGGGAAGCGAGUAAAGUAUCAAUAACGGAUAGUUCUUCCCAAGUCUCUCAUGAGGAGACACGUCUACGAGAAACAGCCAAUUUGGCAGUUGCAAUAGAACUCCUACUAGGCGAAGACGACGAGUUUGCUUUACGAGUUGACAAGCGGCUUGAAGGGGAGCAAAUUCCUAUACCCAAGACUUAUGAGGAAGCUGUCAAUCAUCCAAUUUAUGGACCUAGAUGGCGUGAAGCCAUUGGUCUUGAGAUUCGAAAUCUGAUACGCUUCGGCACAUGGAAAUUUGUUAAACGAUCAAUCGGACGAUCAGUCAUAUCAUGUAAAUGGGUCUUUGAUCUGAAAUAUGGCGCAGAUGGGCGUCUAGAACGAUUCAAAGCACGACUAGUUGCCAGAGGAUUCUCUCAACAGGAAGGUUUAGACUUUGAAGACACAUUUGCACCAGUAAUCCGACUGGAAAGCCUCCGUGUGCUGUUCGCUAUUGCAGCUUCAUACGGGAUGGUUGCUCAUCUACUUGACGCUACAAACGCCUUCGUAGGCUCAAGAAUCGACAAGGAAAUGUUCAUGGAAAUUCCCCAGGGCUUAGAGGACCAUGGUGUCGGACCAACUGAACCAGAUCAGGUCUGUGAGAUCUUACAAUCGCUGUAUGGCUUACGGCAAUCUGCCAACCUCUGGAAUCAGAAAGUCAAGUCAUUCGUUAACACUAUUGGUUUUAAGCCUUCAACAGCUGAUUCAAGUGUCUUUAUCAAUGAACGAGGAGUCAUCAUUGCGCUAUACGUGGAUGAUAUCUUAGUGUUCGAGGAAACUCAAGAAAUUUCAUCCAAUGAAGAUCCUGGACUUGCAAAGAAGAUAUUAGAAUCCGAAUCACCUGGCUUCCAAAUGGAGGAUCGUAUCCUACCUCUCGGACCUAGUACGAACCUUUCAGCAGAUUCUCAACGCCUUCCAAAAGAUCUGCACUCAAAGUUCCGAAGAAUCAUUGGACGACUAACAUAUUUAGCUGGUGGAACGCGGCCAGAUAUCCAGUUUCCUGUCAAUCGUCUCAGCCAACACCUCGCCGAACCCACAAAAGUCCAUUUAGAAGCGGUCAAGCGAAUACUCCGAUAUGUCCGCGGUACAAUCAAAUAUGCUAUCAUCUACCGAGCGUUAGAUGAAAAGGGGAGUGGUAAGAUAUUAGUCGGUUAUACGGAUGCGUCAUAUGCCAAUGCUACAAAGGGACGUUCAACUAGUGGGUAUAUUUUUAUACUGGCUGGUGGCCCUGUAAGUUGGUCAAGCCGAAAGCAACCAAUUACUGCGACUUCGUCGUCAGAAGCUGAGUAUAUUGCUGCGUCAGACGGAGCUAAGCAGGCAGUAUGGCUUAGACAUUUCUUGCAUUCGAUUCAGAAAGGAUCUAAGGGACCGACUCCAUUCUAUAUGGAUAAUCAGUCCGCAAUGAAGCUAUCCGACAAUCCAGUGCUGUAUUCUCGAAGCAAGCACAUCCUGAUUCGAUAUCAUGCUAUACGUGACUUCGUAAACCACCGGGAGAUAAAGCUAAUAUAUAUCCCUACCACCGACAUGCUUGCGGACAGCCUAACUAAGGCAUCUUCAUCAGAGAUACUUGGAAAAUUUACUGAAUCCCUGAACAUGAAAUGGUGA